CAGAAUUUUAUCCAAAUUGACGAGUGUAAUAUCAAUUAUGAUGAACAUUUAGUGCUGGCGCGUUGCUUUUGAAUGAUCUGUGUAUGUCGUGGAUUUAAAUAUUUAUUAGUGAUUUCUACGGAGACUCACGGGUAUAGAAAUGUCACCGGUCGAAAUAGAAACUUGUGGUUUAGAAGCCAAUGUUCUAGAAAACACAUUGGAGUUCUCCAUGCUAGAUUUAUUUGUGCCGUUAGACAAUCUGGAAUCGUCAAACUGCAAUCAAUAUUGCGAAGAAUUCCAAAAAAAGGAUUAUCCAGUCCUGAAUGGCGAUGAUAAAUUUUUAGACAGCAUUAUUAAAGGUCUAUUUAACAACGAAGAUCAUGUAUUAGAGGAAACAAUAGCUAAUGAAAACUUUCUCGAACUGGACGAUCUCAGUAUCUUCGAUUCAAACAGUAUCUCUGUGCUAGGAGUGAAUUUAGAUUUACAUUCCAAUGAUUCCACAUCUAAAGCUAGUGAUUUUGACAUUUUUAGUGACUCUAUUAACCUCGAUCUUGAUUUGGAAUUCUCUUCCUCGAAAGUAAAUGAAAUUUUUCCUAUGGCUUUUGAAACUAACGGUUUAGAAAAUAUUCCUGAAUCACUUGGUAUAUUAGAAAUGUUCCCUCACAUGAACGACGAAAGAAACAGGAGAAGAAGAAGCCUUUUGUACGAAACUUCUUACAGCAAAACUCCCAAAGACUCAUCAGACGAGAAUAAAUACAGAAGUAACAAUCCUUUAACCACUCACGACUAUGCUCAGAAGAAAGAUGAAGAUAAGUAUUUUACAUGUCCGAUUGCCAAUUGCGAAAAAGUAUACGCUAAAUCUUCGCACCUAAAAGCCCAUCUUCGAAGACAUUCUGGAGAAAAACCGUUCGUAUGCAAUUGGUUGAACUGCACUUGGCGGUUUUCUAGAUCUGAUGAACUCGCUAGGCACAAGCGAUCACAUUCUGGAGUGAAACCUUACAAAUGUGAACUUUGCGAAAAAGCUUUCGCAAGAUCCGAUCAUUUAUCGAAACACAAAAAAGUCCACAAAAAGAAAAUGAGUCAAUAUGGAACUUACCACAUUAGAAAACGAGCGAGAUAUAGCGUUGUAUGAGAUAUUUAAUCUCGAAAGUGGGAUAUAACUGCAUUUUUCAAGAACUUCUAAAUUAUUUGCCAACGUUUGACAUUAUUUAUUAAGUAUAUUAUGUACUUUUGUUUUUUUUUCAACAUAGAAUUAUGUUUAAUAAACAUAAAUUAUUCUUCAAUAAAAUCAUUUUACCUACUAUAUUAUAUAUAAAAUGUUGUUUUUAUAGUUUUAGAUAAAAGACCUUGAUGUAAAAGUAUUA